AUGAUUUAUUCCAUAAAAUUGGACAGUUCAUUGUCGAGCGUUUUCCGACCGAAAUCAAUACCUUCUAAAGGCAAGUUGCCUAUUAAGUGGAGGAACACCCAGUCAUCAAAACUAGCUUCAAUUGAUAGCAGCGAUGAAGACGUUCAGGACGUAGCAUGUCACGUGGAUGAGCAAUUUGAAAAUGUCGAUGAACCUGAUGAAGCUGUUAAAGAAAGCUUGGAUUGGCUAGCUGCCAAUGAUUGUGCACCAAUCAAUGAUGUCAUGUUGGAGCACUGGAGGGUUACUGCUAAUCACAGAAUACAUUCGAUCUACAAAAAACCUAAUCAAACUGUCACCAAUUUGUUUGAUGAAUAUCCCAUACUCAAACAAGCCGGUGCUUAUCCGCUAAUCGAACAAGAUUUUCAUCAUAUGGAAUUAACCAAUCUUACUUUAAACGACAAUUCUUGGCAGAAAAUGUUCACUCAAAUUUCUAAGCUUAAACUUAUUCGGUCUAAAGAUAGUACUGCAAAAUGUUUAAAAAUGAAGCUCAAUGACGAAAACUUGAAUAGUAAUGGUCGAAUGACUAUUCAAUUGCAGUUACUAGCUCACUUAACCCAUUAA